AUGGUGGCACGGUCGCUCUCACGGAGCUCCAAGAACCAGCCACCACUGCCCACUCUGCCCCAGAACCAGCCGCCUUUGCCACAGGACCAGCCGCCUCUGCCCCACAACCAGCUGCCUCUGCCCGCUCUGCCCCACAACCAGCUGCCUCUGCCCGCUCUGCCCCACAACCAGCUGCCUCUGCCCGCUCUGCCCCACGACCAGCUGCCUCUGCCCCACAACCAGCUGCCUCUGCCCCAGAACCAGCUGCCUCUGCCCGCUCUGCCCCACGACCAGCUGCCUCUGCCCGCUCUGCCCCACGACCAGCUGCCUCUGCCCGCUCUGCCCCACAACCAGCUGCCUCUGCCCGCUCUGCCCCACAACCAGCUGCCUCUGCCCCAGAACCAGCCGCCUCUGCCCCAGAACCAGCCGCCACAACCCAGAACUCGCAAUUCCACUAAUUUGAAGAGGUGGGGGCACUCUGAGUUUACCCUGGCUGACUUCCAAGAAGAAACCUCCCAGACCCGAAUGGGCAUCCAGUGA